AUGUCUGAGCCCAACGAGUAUGUCAAUUUGGUAACCUGCUCUGCCAUGCCAGCAUCACAACAUGAAUCUGUGGCAGAAGGCUGGUGGAUGAGAGACAAGAGCAAAAGCAACAAGAAGGGAUGCGGACCCACGGAGGGCCUGCAAACCUAUGAUCAAGAGACCGCCGAAGCUGUUCCUUCAAAUCCACCCCAUCAUGGGUAUGGCAUUCCCUCCAAUGAACCGUUGCCCGCAACUCCAUCGGGUGUUGCCGAAGUUCCUUGUCACAAAAUAUCCACGACUGAAAACUUCGAGGAAGCUCCUGCUCAGUUGGCAUCUGGUAUUCAUGAACUCGACAUUGGCAGCGGACAGAUCUAUAAACCCCAUCCUAAUGCCAACACUGAUUGGGGGGACUUGAUUCUUGGACAGAGCAGUGGGCCGUACUCUAACACGUCCACAUCUCCAUUGGGAAUUUGGGAUACUAGCAAGGACGUACCCGCAAGUUCUCUCCUUGAGAUGUGGACUGAGGAAGAUCUGCUGAAGUUUGGAAUUCACGAGGGCAUGGACGUAAACCACGGCCUUCCGCCUUUCGACGAGAAUGUUCAUGAAUAUCACACAGCAAAAACAGCAUCUAAUAAGAGAAAGUCUGAUGAUGGUAUCCACGACUCUUCUACCCACAAGCCUAGUGCAUCAUCAGUUGCUUUAGGCAACCGAACCGAGACCUACGGGGGCAUAAACGUGACAUUUGGCCUUCCUCCAUGGAUCGAAACUAAGUUCAGCGAGACAGGAGAAACGUCAGAAAAGAACAGCAAUCAGUACCAUCUUGGCGCACCAUUCGUCCAAGUUUCUGGCCUUUAUCCAACUCCACCACGCAAAGAUACGGAUUGCAAAGCUUUGCGGUCUGUCUCGUUGAGUGCUGUUGGUACCCCCACGGUGGCAGAAUCCCGCACUCUACCUCUUGCAGAGACCAAAGAUACUGCAGCAACAGGGGACACUGACAUCGACUCCCCCUGCUCUCGCAAGAUUCCUAGCGCCUCUGAACGGCCGGAGUCUUCAUUUGCGCUACGGGAUGUAUCGGUGAUUCCUUGGACUGACUGUUACCCCGACGAUCCCGAUAAGGCUAGAGAACUUGCAACAAGUACCGGUGUUCCUGGACUCCAAAUCUAUUCUGUGGAUUUUUUUACAGAUGCUACUUCAGACACGCAAGUUCUCGAUGAAGUCGAUGCUACUCAAGAUAGUCACAACUUCAGGGUCGAAAUGGAACCCCAACCCAAUGAUUCCGUAAGGGCAUCGAGCGUGACUGACUCGGAGCGUGCUGAUGAGCCUGGUUGGGUAAACGUGGAAAUAGAGACAGAGAAUCCGGACCAAACGGACAAUGUAUAA